ACAGCUGCUCCGCGAGUAGUAUGGCGAUAACGUUCGGCGUAUGUGGUGUGGAGCGAUCGGUCGUGAUUGCGUAAUCAAGUCCAGCAAACGUGCAAGAGACGGUGAUCCCGAACAAGAGGAGACCGCGUGGGACGCGUUUUUUUCAGACGAUUUUGGGAACAAGUGACGCUACGAAAUCCCGGCGACAGUGCCUCCCGUCGAUCAGGAGAUAUGCCGCAGAGUGGAAGCGCGUAUCGCUGCUAACGCUAGCCCGGAUGCGGAGACGAUCACAACCGCCUGCGACGGUUCGGUAACGAACAUGUCGGCUAUCAAGGGUAACAACACGCCGGGCGGUUUCCGCCAGCUCAAGGUUCUCAGCAAUUUCAAGUACGAGCACUUCGUCGCGGGUAUAUCCGGCGGCGUCGUCUCGACUCUGAUGCUGCAUCCGCUGGACCUCAUCAAGAUCCGGUUCGCAGUGAACGAUGGCCAAGUGAGAGCAGCACCGCAGUACAAUGGUCUGGUGAAUGCAGUCAAACAGAUCAUUAAAACGGAAGGAGUGCGCGGACUUUACAGGGGUGUAACACCGAAUGUUCUGGGAUCAGGCAGUUCGUGGGGUUGCUAUUUCUACUUCUACAACAUGAUAAAGACCACGAUCCAAGGUGGUAACUCGAAGAAACCGCUUGGUCCGUCUAUGCAUAUGUUGGCUGCCGCAAAAGCCGGAGUCCUCACCGUACUCGUGACCAAUCCGAUCUGGGUGGUGAAGACACGGCUGUGCUUACAAUACGCGGGAGAUGUGGAUCUGGCGGAAUCCAAGAGAUAUCGCGGAAUGAUAGACGCUUUAAAGAAAAUAUACAAGAACGAAGGCAUUAGAGGCUUAUAUAAGGGUUUAGUUCCUGGAUUGUUUGGUGUCUCGCACGGUGCGAUGCAAUUCAUGACGUACGAGGAGAUGAAGAACAAAUAUAAUAAUUAUCGCAACGCACCUAUUGACUCGAAAUUGAGUAUAAUGGAAUAUACUAUUUUCGCGGCUCUGUCAAAAUUGAUCGCCGCAGGGUCGACGUAUCCUUACCAGGUAGUGAGAGCGCGACUCCAGGAUCAUCAUCACGAUUACCGGGGCACCUGGGAUUGCAUCCAGUGUACAUGGAGGUAUGAAGGUUGGCGUGGCUUUUUCAAGGGUUUAAGCGCAAAUCUCACCAGAGUGGUUCCGGCAACGGUUAUCACAUUCGUGGUCUACGAAAAUAUGUUUCAUUUUCUGCACAAAUCAUCCUAACGUGCUACUACUGCGGAAGAGACUGUGUUGCUGUGCGGUAGACAAAACGAAGGAUUAAGGUAAAGCGGAAGAAGAAGGAGAAAGAUUCUUUUGAGAAGAAUGAAAUCGAAUAAAAUUAUCAUACGAAACUGGACAUAUUAGAAUUCUUGCAAAUUCCCGAACAUAAUUUAUGUUUGUAAGAAAAACUAUAGGACAAGAGAUCUUUCAAACACACGGUUUUAAAUUCCUUAGUAUGAUACUGCAAGUUGAUAUAUAUGUCAGUUGAAACAAAAAUAACUGUUAAUGUUAUAGAUAAUAAUUUAAGAGAUAGUUUUAUAUUUUUUUAAAUAUUUUAAGAACCAUUUGGCAUAAGGUGUUUCUUACGUUUAAUUUUUGCGAGGAAAUGCGUUCAUUCCCAUAUAAGUGUUUUAUUUACAUUUAUUCAGGAUAUUUGUCUUUUUAUGUCACAAAUGUAAUAGAUGAUGUAAAACUUUGAUUGGCUAAACAUUUACCAUUUUAUUUUAGCACAAAAUGUUUACGGAGACUGAGUGACUAAUAGAGUUAAAAAAAAGAGACUGAUUGUGAGAAUGGUUACUAACGUCGCAAUGUAUAUGUUAUAUACGUAAGAUUCUAUCGAAUUGAAAUAAUUAAAGGCUGAAUUGUUAUUGCAGCGUGCACAUAUUUUUUAAGUGCAUGUUUAAAGUGUAUCGACAAGAAAAAAUUCCCGGUAGUAACGCAAAUACGUAAUUUUCUUUGUGUUAUAUAUUUUGCAAGUGAUAAAAUGUAUGGCUUUUCUAUCUAUAAUUUGUUUUAAGUUUAUAAUUAGAAUAAUUUGUAAAAGGUAUUUGUUGUUUUGGUUUUUAUAUAUUAAGUUGUGUGUCAUUUGUGUUAUAUUUGAAGUUAUACUUGCAAAAGUUUAAUCAUUAAGUUUAAUCAUAAUGGUAACAUUUUAUAGACACA